AUGAGCUGGAGGAGAAUAAGGAGAGCAAGCUCUACUCCCAUAUCGCCCAAUUUUACGGCGGAAAUAGAAGCAGGUACGGUUUCUUCCAAAUUCAGAAACAGCUUUAAUGAUUUAGACGAUGCCCUCAAUUUAUUCCAUCAAAUGGCUCAUACCCGCCCCUUGCCUAAGGUUAUUAUGUUCAACCAAUUGCUUUGUAGAAUUGUGAAAUUGAAGCAUUAUUCCGUAGUUGUUUACCUCUUUCAAGAAAUGCGCAUUAAGGGCAUCCCAAUCAGUGUGUAUACCAUUAACAUUGUGAUGGAUGUGUACUGCCGCUCAAGUCGAGUGGAUUGCGGGUUUUGUGUACUUGGUGUGGUCUUCAAGUGUGGAUUUGAGUUUGAUGUGGUCAUAUUCACCACUCUGAUUAAGGGCCUCUUUUUGGAUAAUAAGAUUGUGGAGGCUGUAGGGCUAUUCAAGAAGUUGGUGAGGGAAAAUGUGUGCAAAGUUAAUCAAAUUACUUAUGGUACUCUUAUAAAUGGGCUUUGCAAGGCAGGUCAUACACAAAUUGCUCUUGAUUUACUUGUAGUAAUGCAACAGGAGGGACCUAAGCCUAAUACUAUAGUCUACAACACUGUAAUUGAUUCUCUAUGCAAAGACAGAAUGGUUGAUAAGGCUCUUGGCCUUCUUUCUGAGAUGAUUGAAAGAGGGAUUCCCCCGGAUAUCAUCACAUACACUUCACUGAUUCAAGGCCUUUGCAAUUUUAGCCGAUGGAAAGAGGUUACCAAGUUAAUGAAUGAGAUGGUGCUACAUAAUGUAUAUCCAGAUGUCUAUAUUUUCAGUAUAUUAGUGGAUGCCCUCUGUAAGGAGGGGAAGUUGGAAACUGCGGAAACUACUAUUCAGAUCAUGAUUCAAAGGAAGAUUUAUCCUGAUGUCAUCACAUACAACACUCUUAUUGAGGGGUACUGUUUGCAAGAACGGAUGGAUGAAGCGAGGAAAGCUUUUGGUCGGGUGGUAGAAAGUGGCCUUCAACCUGAUGUUUGGACCUAUAACACAUUAAUUAAUGGAUACUGUAAAAUAAAAGAAAUGGAUGAGGCCAUGCAUCUGUUUUGUGAAAUUCCUCAAAAAGGGCUUCGUCCUAAUGUUGUUACGUAUACCAUAAUGUUGCAGGGGUUCUUUCUGGUGGGUAGAUGUUUUGCUGCACUAGAACUUUUUCAGGAGAUGCUGGUUGCUGGACAUAAACCAGAUUAUUACACUUCAUGUAUCUUACUUGGUGGUUUGUGUGAUAAUGGAUAUGUUGAAGAGGCAAUAUCAGUCUAUCAUCAGUUAGAUAGAAGCGGAAAUUAUUCUCUUGUUCAUGCUACCAUCAUAAUUGAUAGGGUCUGCAAGAUAGGACGGCUUAAUAUUGCACGUGAUGUAUUCAAUGACCUCAUCUCUAAAGGGCGACACCUAGAUGUGAAUACAUACACUGCAAUGAUAAAUGGGCUUUGUCGAGAAGGAUUUUUAGAUGAAGCCUUAGAGUUGUUAAGGAAAAUGGAGAAGAAUGAUUGCGUACCAGAUACUGUGACUUAUAAUGUUAUUUUGCAAGAAUUUGUUAGACAGGAAAAAAGUCACGAGGCAAAUCUACUUUUGGAUGAAAUGGUUGGUAAGCUUCUCUGCUUGUUCAUGGAUUGCUACUUUUGGAGGAAUGUUUUCAAAGAUUUCACUCCCAUUUCAGGGAUUCCACAAGUUUGGGUCUCAGCAUCUAUACAGAUAAGGAGCUUUGGAUUCAGAAUGCAAGGUAGACCAUGGUCCAUGAAAUUACUUGUCACUUAUAAUAGCAAGUACACGAUGAAUGGAAUUUCUGAUGCAGGUUUGGGAAUUUUGAUGCGUGGUUUGGGAAUUUCUAUUGAAGCUUUGCCUUAA